UAAAUUUCCCUUAUUUAUUAGUUAAGUGCCUUAAGCCCAAAAAUAGCCCAUGAGAGCCUCCUCCUCCUCCUCCUCCUUCUUCUUCUUCUUUGAUUCAGUUUCUUCUUCUUCUCUCGUGUCCUGUGCUCUUGUAAUGGCUCUCAGCUCGUCAAAGUUUCUGAAAUCGUACGGCUAUGAUCUGCUCUUGGGUUCUAUAGCUGCAUUUUAUGUCUUCACCGUUCCAUACACCAAGGUUGAAGAAAGCUUCAACGUUCAGGCAACGCAUGACAUUCUAUAUCAUCGGCAUCACAUAGAUAAAUAUGAUCAUUUGGAAUUCCCUGGAGUGGUUCCGCGCACUUUUCUUGGUGCGUUGCUUGUAUCUACCGUGGCAUCUCCAGUCAUAUUGAUAAUAAACUUGAUGCAUUUCCCAAAGCUUUAUGCUCUCUUUGCAGUUCGCAUGGCUUUAGGUUGCAUUGUACUAUCUACUUUACGCCUUUUCCGCCUUCAGGUCAGAGAUAAGUUUGGACAGCAAGUAGAAGCGUUCUUUGUAAUAUUAACGACACUUCAGUUUCAUUUGCUGUUCUAUUGUUCUCGCCCUCUUCCUAAUAUAUUUGCUUUGGGAGUAGUCAACUUGGCUUAUGCAUUUUGGCUCAAGGGGAAGUUUUAUUCAGCUUUAAACUGUCUGAUUUUUGCUACAGUUGUCUUUAGAUGCGAUAUCCUAUUACUUAUUUGUCCCCUUGGCUUGGAGCUAUUGUUGACUAAAUCAAUUACAAUAUGGGGAACACUGAAACACUGCAUCUGGUUUGCUCUGGUUUGCAUAGGUCUUACUAUAUUGAUUGAUUCAAUUUUUUGGAGAAGGUUAUUGUGGCCUGAAUUUGAAGUUUUUUGGUUCAACUCUGUUCUGAAUCGAAGCUCUGAGUGGGGUACACAUCCAUUCCACUGGUACUUCACUUCAGCACUUCCCCGCUCAUUGCUAGCUGCAUAUCCUCUUUUUCUGUUCGGGGUCUUCCUUGAUAGAAGGGUUCCGUUAUUCAUUAUUCCUGUUUUCUCUUUUGUUUUAGUUUACUCAAAGCUCCCUCACAAGGAGCUUCGUUUUAUUAUUAGCUCAGUUCCAAUCUUCAACUUAUCUGCUGCAAUUGCUGCUAAUAGAAUUUAUAACAAUAGGGGAAAAAGUUACUGGAAGUUACUCUAUUUUAUGAUGCUCGGGUUACUUUUAGUCAGUCUAGGAUGUACUGCUAUAACCUUCAUGGCGUCCUAUGAGAAUUACCCCAGCGGUCAUGCUUUGAGAAAUUUGCAUCAAAUUGGUCAUCUUGCUAACCAUACAAAGGAAAAAUGGGUGCAUAUUGAUACAUUUUCAGCAAUGAAUGGAAUAUCUCGUUUUUGUGAAAACGACUUUCCUUGGAGGUACUCCAAAGAAGAAGGGAUACCUCUGGGAGAAUUGGUCCAGAGAAAUUUCACCUACCUCAUAACAGAGCAUCCUGCUGUUAAUAUGAUGUAUAUGUAUUAUAUAAAGGCUAAAUAGCGGUAUAAGUAUUUAAAGCUUUAAGUUUGUAAGUGGCAUAAAACCAAUGUUUAUUUUUAGCGGCAUAUGUACCUAAUGUAUGUAAAACUUUAAUUUUUCUCUAAUUUUGUCAGUACAGACUUGUCUUAAACAGGGCACAUAUAAUUGGGUUUAGAUAGAAACAUGUAGUAUCAGUUACUUCUAAAUAUUCUUUUAAUAAAUUCGACACGGAGUCUGUACUGACGAAAUUGAAAGAAAAUUACAAUUUUACAAACAUUGAGUAUUUAUGCCGCUAAAAAUAAACAUUAGGUUUAUGCCGCUUACAAAAUUAAAACUUUGAGUACUUAUACCGCUAUUUACCUUUAUAUAGUUUGGCUAUGUUUUUAGUUUUUAGUUUUUAAAAUUGUGUUUUUAAAAGUAAGAAUAGAAAACAGUUUUUUGUCAUUUUAAAAAUUUAAUGGUGUUUGGCACAAAUUUUUAAAAACUAAUUUUAGAUUUUUUCUUAAGAAAAAAAAAUCAAUAUUUUAACACCACACCAUGACAUUAAUGUAUACGGGUCCAAGUUCGGGUCUAGGAUCUGAGUAUGUGAGCAAAAUAUAAAAUAUAAUAUGUUAGACAAAAAAGAUUGUUUUUGAAAAUUGAAAAUAGCAUUUUGAUGUUUUUUGUUUUCUAGUUUUUAAAAACUCAAUUUUUAAAAAACUGUUUUUAAAAAAUUUUGCCAAACGACCCUUAUUAGUUUUUAAAAACAGU